UUGGCGCUCUCCUCAUGCUGUCUGCUGUAGCAUGGCAUGGCUGUAGCCGUUGUAGCGUUAGCGCCGCUCUAUAUUCGUGGUAUUUGGCAGUCUUAAGUCCUGUGACCAUAAUAGCUAAAGGUGUAUUACUUGCUGGUGCCUCGAACUUUGCGCAGUCAUGAACGGCACGACUGUUUUGACGCGAGCCCCGGCGAUCAGGCAGCUGCGGUCUCUGUUGUGUCCAUGCGGCACAGGCGUGAUGGACAGUCAUCGUGAGAACCGCACGAAAGCCCGCGAUGCACCGACCUCUGAUGAUCAGAUGCCAGUGUUUCAGUACACGGGCGAAAAAAGCAAGCGUCGUAAACGGGUGUACGCCUGGGGAAGUUGUCUGACGGGCGCUCUAGGUCAUGACAAGCUUGUGCGACCGAAGCUCGGACAUGCGCCCAGGUCCAGCCACAACAAGCCGUACAAGCUGCCUUUCUCCGAGUUCUUCACGGUUGACGAUGUGGCCUGUGGCUACGGAUUCACUUUGCUGUCGGCGCAAGAAGACAAAGUUAAGAACUCGAACAAGGUUUUUGGCACUGGCAUCAACACUGACUUCCAGCUGGGCUAUCAGUGUGUUCGCAAAGGGCACCCCCUGAAGGUGUUGACUGAGCCAGUGGGCAUUCCACUUCCGUUAAGAAGUGAGUCAACACGCAUCUUACGUGUUGCUUGUGGCCGUUCACACAGCAUAGUGCUUACUGACAAGGAAGGUGCAUUUUCAUUUGGGAACAACUCAUUUGGACAGUGUGGUCGACCAGUUGUGCCAGACGAGAGCCCUGAAAGCUGUGCCACCCCUCGUCAGGUUCAAGGCAUUCCUGGAAAAAUUACCGAUGUGGUUUGUGGGCAGGACCACACACUCUUCCUCACGGGCGAAGGGGCAGUGUACAGCUGUGGAUGGAGCGCUGACGGACAGACUGGGCUGGGCAUUCAGGGCAGCCAAGGCACACCACAGCGUGUCAACGGGGACCUCAGUGGAGUCCGUAUAGUCCGGAUAGCUGGCACCGUAGACUGCAUCCUGGCCAUGUCUGACUCUGGUGACCUCUUUGGCUGGGGUAAUUCUGAAUACGGUCAGUUUGGACGGCAGACAGACGACAAGCAGAUGUGCUUUGCAAGGAACCUAAACUUCCCCUUUGGAAAAGUGAAGGCUGUUGCCAGUGGGGGAACAAUGUGUGGAGUAGUCACAGAGGGUGGUGAUGUCUACGUUUGGGGAUAUGGCCUCCUUGGUCUGGGGCCCGAAGUGUCUUUCAAGGCCGUUCCAACUCUGCUGCCAAGGCCACUAUUUGGGGCAAAUCGUUUUACCCCCGACACCCAUGUUGUUGACCUGUUCUGCGGUCUCAACCAUUUUGCAGCCUUAAACAACAAGGGAGAACUGUACACCUGGGGAAAGAAUAGAAAUGGCUGCCUCGGCCUGGGUCACACAAUGGAUCAACAUUUUCCAUUCAGGGUUAGCCUCACAGCGGAUAUUCUGAAGGUCAGCUGUGGUGUGGACCAUACGGCCGUGUUGAGCCAAUCCUUGUGCUGACAAGAGCCUUGUGGUUUCUAGACGUGGCAAAUAGUCAUUGGACAUCAGUGAUAGGCAGCGUGGACAUGUGUCAUUGAUGUAAAAGUGCACUGAUGCUCUGUUUUUAUUGUGAUGCACUCUGAGAAUAAAUUUGUGCUGGUAGUCACGUAUGU